UCAUUUUAUUUUUUGGGGGGGCACGUCCUCUUUCCAAUCACCCUCCCCUUUCCCUUCUUAUCUCUCUCACGCACGCACCUCACCAACAAAGCAAAAGCGUCUCUCUUUUAUUCUUUCUGCGCCUCCUUGCUUAUCUUCUCCUUCGAAAACCCUUCCCUAAGAAAUCGUCAUGAAAGGUGGCAAGUCUAAGGCUGACACCAGAAAAACCGACAGCAGGCUGAAGAGUAAAGAUGCUGGAGUUGGCAAGAGACAAUCGAAGAAAGCUGCAAAGGAUCCAAACAAGCCGAAGAGGCCUGCGAGUGCCUUCUUCGUUUUCAUGGAGGAGUUUCGGAAGAUAUACGCAAAAGAGCAUCCCAACAACAAGGCCGUUUCCGCGGUCGGUAAGGCGGGAGGAGAAAAAUGGAAAUCGAUGUCUGAAUCCGAGAAAGCUCCCUUUGUAGCCAAGGCAGAGAAGAGGAAAACGGAGUACAACAAGAACAUGCAGGCUUACAAUAAGAAACUGGCGGGAGGAGGAAACGGAGCGGAUGAUGAAGAGUCCGACAAGUCCAAGUCCGAAGUGAACGAUGAGGAAGAAGAGGACGAAAGCGGCGAGGAGGAAGAUGAGGAUGAAGAGUAGAGAAAAGCGCGGGCAGUUUGUCCAUGAUAAAAUAGCUGCUUUUUAUUUUUUGAAAUUUCACGUAGAAGUAGAGUAGAUAGAGAGAAGAAGGGAUUAGUUUCAGGAUCUUGCUGAAUCCCAUAUGGUUCUGUACCUAAUCUUUUCGUUCAAAUGAUGUAGUUUGAAAUUUGCCCAAGUA